AUGAACUUUACACUUAACUUCGAAAAUAUACUCUUACUAUUUCUUCUUCCUCCUCAUUUUAUCCUAACCAAAAGAAAUGAUGCGAGAGAAGCUCCCACUUCUCACCACCUGCUACUGCCGCCGCCGCCGUCCGCCGUCGCCGCCUCCGGCGGGCCCUCUCUCUCUCUCUCCCCUCCAUUCGUCUCUCUUCUUUCUCUCCUCUCUCUCUCUCUUUCUUCUCUCACUCCUCUCUCCUCCCUCGGCCCUGCUUACGCGCCGCUGCUGUGCGCGCGGCGGCUCGCCGUCGCUGCCUUCCCCCUCUCGGAUUCCGCCGCCGUCACCGCCAUGCACCACCUAGACCGCCGCCGCCGACCUCUCUACCUAUCUCCCUCUUUCUCUCGGAUCCGCCGCUCCCUCGCCAUUCUCCGACAGAUUUGUGAAGGGGCGAAAUCAGUGAUGGAUUUGAAGGAGGUUGAGCUGUCAUCGUUGGUUGACGGUUUCCUAGCUCGCCCGAAAUCUGACAGAUUCAUGACCGUGAGAUAAGUUUUCCUAGCUUGUGCUUACUUUGGUGGUAGGACUUGGUUUGUCUACUCUAUGGAUUUGGUGACUCUUGAAUAAUGUGUUGUUACUUGGAAGACUCAUGGUGAAACAUGUAAAUCUUGGUGUGAAUUUUUAACUUUGGGCAGAAUCUACUUGCAACUAUAUGUAUGCAGACUUGUACAUAUGAAAGAAAAGAAGGGCUUGGUGUUUACCUUUUGAUGUGGGAGCAAAGUUUUGUUGGAUUGUGGGGCUUGAUCCUACGAUUAUCUGCAACUCUUCCUCCUUGUACUCCUCCUCCUUUAUUCUAUGUUGGUGUGUGUGAAGAGAAUUUUGGUAGUGAUGGUGGCUGAUUUGAGGAAAUUUUCAGGGGUUCAUAUACUUGUUGGGUUCGGUCAAGUUGCUGGGCUACUUAAAUGCUCAUAUUUGCGUCAAAGAUUUUCUACAGUGAUAGGAAGUCUCAUGGCAUUAUAAUAUUGCUGCCAGCUUUUUGAGUAUUUUAUGGAUUUGGAUCCCCUGCUGUGGAGGAAUCACAGCAGGGGUGCUGUGCCUCUCACAUAUCAUUUUUAAUUAUAAAAAUAAUUUAAUUUUUUAAUGUUAUACUUUAUGAAUAAAAUAUUGGAAUGGGAGAGCACAGCAUCCCCUGCUGUGAUUCCUCCACAGCAGGGGAUCCAAAUCCGUAUUUUAUAUGAGAAUUGUAUCUUUCAUGGAUUUGGCUGUCAGAGGCGUAUAUCUCCUUGGUUGAUCUUAUGGCUAAAGUGUGUAUUGAGAAUGGAGGGAUUAUACUAGGCGUUGACCUUUCUGCAUUAGCCGUCAAUGCCCAAUCUUUUGAAAUCCUCCAAAGAUUUUGAUGAUACGUGAGGAUAAAUCUCCUCCGUUGAUUGACAUACUUGGAUUUUACAUGGUUUUAGAGGGUGGUUUUGUAUGAAUUGGAGCAUAUUUCGUCUAUUAUUAGGCGUGUUUAUAUCUACUUCUCUAUUAUGUUGGUAUGUUGACCAUUUUGUUAAGAAUGUGUAGAAAAAGGUACAAAAUAUGUGGAUGUGCAGCAGCCUUGGUUUGAGACAAUAUUUACGGGAGAUUUUGAAGUCCAAUCAGCCCCUAAUGAAUACCAAUCUCUUCGUCUUCGAAAGAGCUUCGCGUAGGUAUCUUACACGCCUCAAUCGGAGUUCGGUAGAAGAAGUUAUGGCCGUUAUACAAACACUGCGCUGUCCAGAAAAUAUCACCCGACCGGGUGAAUUAUUGUCCUAUAAUUCCACCCGGCCGGGUGGCGUAAUUAUGCCUGCGAGAUUCCAGAGAGUACCAAAGAAGUCCCACCCGGCCGGGUGUAUUUCCAGUGGAUUAAUUCCACCCGGCCGGGUCCGUCAUUUUGGCGUUUUUCAAAGCAGAAACGCUAUUUUUGAAGAGGAAAAUAAGAAGGAAGAAUUAAGUCAAUUCUAUUCAUUCUCGACAAGCGACAAAACACACGCUCUCUUUUUGUGAAGAACUCUUGGAAGAAGAUUGAAGAUUCAAGCUUCAAUUCCUCCGCCAAUUGCGAUUCGGAUCAUGAUUUCCAUUGUUUUGCUUAGUUUCUUUUUGUUUUCUUCCAUGAACAUGAGUAGCUAAACAUCUUUUAUGUAGAAUUCCUGGUGAAGAUGCAUUGAUUCAUAGUUUUAAUCCAAUUGACUUCGUUUUUAUCUAGCUCUUGUAAUUGUUUGGUUUA